AUGUUGUACGCUCUACAAACAGUGACUGCACUCGAAUCAGGUUCCGCCAUCACUCACUGGUACUCAGUACUCAUCCUCAGUUUCCCACCACCACCAUCUGAGCUUCUCCUUGUUGUUGUCCGCGCUCGCACGAGGAGUUGGAGCCUCAGAAUUUCUUCCAAUAUCUCGCAACUGGUUGCACCUGGCCUUCAGGAUGAAUCAUUGUCAAGCCAUAGAUCCAGGAAGGCACGCUCCCAAUUUAUCCACGGACUGCUAUUCCGUGGCAAACCUGUGACAUCCCUCUGA